AUGACGCAAAGCUUCUCCUCAAAUUGGUUGCCAAACGAAGAUCAGAGUACGACAGUCAUCAAUACUGAUGAGAUUGCUCGAAAAUUAGAAGUAGUCUAUGGUAUCCAAUCAGGCUCGAUCAGUAUCCGAACUAUUGUGAUACAUAAUAGUGAGGCAAGUGUUCAUUAUCGUCGUCGCCGUCAACUUCAAAUGCAUUUAUUCUCAAUGCCUGUCUAA